AUGUUUAUACUUACGUUUCUAUCGACAGUAUUAAUUCUCUCUCGUGGGAAAGCUCAUCGAGUCAUUCAGGAACUUAACGUGGACAACAACAAUUGGGAUCCAUUUCUGUUCAUAUCCAAAGAUCUGGAUGAAUUACCGAAUUACGAUAUAACACGUUGGUUGUUCGUCGAAUUACGUAGCAUACCUUCCGAAUCCAAAGUUUUGGAUAGCUCCGGCGUCGGUGAAUUUUUUCUCGGGAUCUGCCCCUGCUUGAACCUACACUCCUGGGAGUUGUGCUCGCCUGAACUGACGAGACUGAGGAAAGCUGAUUGUACUUUUAACGAAGCCACUCCAUAUUCAAACACGAGUGCAAGAGUCCACAGACGAUUAUGCGACGUAACUUUACUGGUCGAAAGUGCCCCAAGCUGUAAUUGUUCCAUUCCGAUAGCCGGCCAUGGUUUAUAUACGACGAAAGGAUUCCCUACGUGUUUCUUAAAUCCUUUACCCGAAUCUCUGUGUUCACCGCGCGGUGUUUGUGGUAUUGCACAAUGCACUUCAACCACGGUAAAAGGAAUUCACACUCCCCAAUGUGCCUCGAAUUGUCAUCAGAGACAACCAUUUUGCGAAGAAAUUGGACCAUUGACUUCGCUACCAGCGGAAAUUAAUUCCUUAUGGUCACGAUGGUCGUCCCCAAAAUGUAACAACACUUGCGGUAAAGGAUUCUUGGUGGCCAUUGCAUCGUGCCAAGACCAAACGGAAACCAGCGAUAGAUUGCAUCGGACCAGGAUCGUUUUGGUGAGCUCGUGCUCAUUUCAGGAAGUUUCCUUGAGUUCCUUGACCGUGACGAAAAGUGUGAAAUUUUCUAGCUGUCCGGAUAGCUUCGGUAAAUGUUACUGUGAGGUAAACAUCGUCGAUGGAAUUAUGAGAGCGGCUAGGUUCACAGAAUCUUGCGUUUCUACCGAAGGGUGUAUCUCAAGCAACUCUGGAACAUUCACUUUCGAAGGAGAACUCGAUCCUGGUAACAGCAUUGACGUCGACGAAGCUUAUGGGAACGACGAUCAUGAUAGGUUUAAAGAGAAGUUGUACAGUAUAGAAUCGGUACAAGCAGCACAGCGUCACCUUCUGCAAGCUAGCAAGGCCUACGAAGAGGAGGAUGAGUACGGGUUACGCGAAAAUAGCCUGGAAAACAAGAACUUUAAAGGCAUCCAUGGAUAUCGUACCGUUCUGAGAAGUCGAUUAGGCGAUGACGACAUCGAGCAAGAGGAAGACGACGACGACGACGAUGACGAAGAGGUGAACGACGAAGAAAGCGGCGGCAUGAGCAAGGAGGGAAGCGACGAGGAUGACGAAGAUGAGGAUGAUGGGACGAUCGGCGUUCGCGACGUCGCGAAGGGUCGUCCGAGCCUCAGGAAACGUAUUCGCGAGAGAAGACCUGAUUACGCGACAAUGGCGUUUGAGGGUAAGCCAGAGGUGAACGAACUGGAGAAGAUGAUGGGUCCUAUGGAGAUUAGAUCCGUUACAGAAGAAUGUGAAGAUGAUAGCACGGAACCGCUGCAAUAUUACGAUUACGAAUCUGGCGGAAGCACAUCACCUAACUUGCAAACUGAACUUGGCAUGAAACUGGUAGCAUUGAGCAUUCUAUUCUGGUUUUUUGAACGUUAAUG